UGGUCAUGUGCUUGCUUAAGUAAUAGUUACCAAGUUGGGUUCUGCGGCUCCGGGGAGCUAUCACAACCUUGAAUCGCUGUACCGUCAAUCCUUCGCUCGCGAUCUUUUGCUCCAACCACCAGCUCUCCAUCGCCGCUCGACGGCCCCCAACUCUUGUACGUGUCUUUUUUCCCGUAUCUCCUCGAUCGCAUAGUCCGCCUUUUGGCUAGGACUUAUUCUGAACCUAAGAUCCCCCGUUAGACCAGGCCCUCCCAGGGUCCUCUCCGGAUAUUUCCCCUUUCGUCACGCAUUAUUAUUCCCCAAGCUAGUGUGUUACUCUUUGCGCAUACAUACAUACGGGCCUUGAAGACGACGGGCCGCCGCUGGGGCGCGCCGAUUUGUCGUCGCCCGGCCAGAGAUGCCGGGAAUCAUCAUGGAUGGUACCAGCGCGAAUGGACCGAGGCGGGAAGCAGACCACCAGCAACUUGUUGACGGCACACUCUCAACCACCACAUCCCUCGCACCGCACAAUAACGGAGACUAUUCAAAUGGACCUUCUCAUACGGAAGAUGCGACCCGGCUCUCAAACCCAUCAUUUGACGACUCUUUGCCGCCAGAACUGGUGCAUAUCAGCCAGGGAUUUUUCUCCUUGGGCCAUCUCAUCAACAGGGCUGCUCAACAAUGCUGGAAUGACUUGACAGAUUUAAUAACGGAGCUAGCGGACCCGCAAUCAACUGCUACUCACGUUGCCGCUCCCCCUAUAUCCACGACCAAUGGCAAAUAUACACCUAGCCAAUCUGCGACGGAAAAUGCGCAAAGGAAACUGCGCAUUCUGGAAUUUGCCCAGGCGAAGCGGGCUGAUUUUAUUAAGAUCCUCGUCCUUUCCCAGUGGAGUCGACGAGCAGCAGAUGUUAGCAGGCUCAUAGACAUUCAGGCUUUCAUUCGAAUGCGGUAUGAUUGCUACAAUGGCGCUAUAUUGUCCAUUGGCGAAAUGAAGAGAGAUUUGAUCAGGGCGCAGACAGCCAACCCUGAUCUUGCGAUGGCCUUGGAGGUUUUAUCGACUGGGAGAGUGGCAGCUAUGCAAGAGAGCUCGUUUGUUCCUCCAAAACCUUUAACGCAGAAAAAUAUGCUUAAAACAUUGAAAAAAAUCAACAAGACGAUUCGGACAAGGCUAGUACUACACGACCAGAUACCCAGCGCAUUCACAAAGUAUUUGAUCAAUGAUGGAAGGGUCACUUUUAAGGUUCCGAUGGAAUUUGAGGUCGACCUUUCUAUUGCGCAAGAGAAUCAUUCCUCGCAAUUUUUCUUCGUCGAUAUUCGAUUUUUAUUUUCUCCUUCACCGCCUAAACCAACAGGAAGGCUUUUAGACGAGCUGGAUAAUAGAGUAAACGCCAUGCUCAUGCACUCUGGCCUUCCUGGCUGCUAUAACUUAUUGCAUAAUUUAGUCUUGUCGAACAAGAUUACCAUACUGUUUCAUCAGGCCAUCGAGCUGGCUCGAGGCCACUGGCUUGACACUCUACGGGUGGAAGUAUUGCACCGCACGCUUGUCGUGCAGUACUGGGCCAAUAGGCCUGGACCAAAGAGCUGGGUUGAAAUUGGUAUAAAAAGCGGCCGUCGCAAGGAUCAAACACAGGAUGGAUCGAUUACCGAAACCCCAUUUCUUGGCUUAAGGUGGAUGAGGGAUAACAAGGAAGUGGAGUCUAAAUAUAUCAAAUUCGACAUGGAGCUUCUUUCCAUAGAAGCUGUCCUGCGCAGCGUUAUUGCCUUACAUACAUCCUUCUUGCUUGAAUCGACAUACACAAGACUAUUGCAAGGACGGCUAUAUGCCAGUGGAGCACUUUCGGCUAGCCUACAAAUGUCUAUUAGUGAACCAGGCGACUGCCUCUUCGAUGUUCAACUUACAAAGGGAAGAAAUCUUAGAGUGAUGAUUGAACCGGUUUCUGGCGCCAUAAUCUUCCGCCCCACCCCUCUGCUACUGAACCGCCAUGAUAUUGAUCGAAGCUUCGAGAGGCCAAUAGUCGACGAUAUACUCCUCCGUAUCUCUCGCCUUCGGUCGGCUGCUGUUAUAGAGGAGGUUGAGUCACUUGCAGAUGCUCUUGGUUGGGAGAUAGUGAACUCGCGUGAUAUCAAAAACGAAGAUCUUCGUCGCAUUUUCCCCCCGAAUAUUCUUCGGUCAGUCCUGUUCUUCCGCAAAUCCUGGGAAUGCAAUUGGGGUGUCGCGUAUACCUGUAGCAUGGAUGGAGAUAAUUGGUGGGUGGUCGAAUUGCGUGCGCCAUCCAGUGAUGAAGGCCCCGUCUCUCCGCAAUCCGCUCAUAUGGUUACUGGUAGAUUUGGCGGCUUGCCUGAGCGGUUAAACUAUGGCUCCUUCGGCAAACUAGAUCAUGCCCUCUCAGGGAUGCUUGCUAUUCAUGCCAAUGCUCGCUAUCUUUCAGAACUUCAUGGAAUUCACCACUUCCCCCCUAUACGGAACCUCUCUCUUGGUCCUCAUCUCCAGGUACCAAGCGUUUUUAUACGUUUCCGGAGCCGCUCCCUUCCCUCUGGUCUGCAAAUAUCUCCCCCCAUUAUCACCAAUAAGAAUCCCGCGAUCAAAGACACAGUUCGUCUCUCAUUCCAGGGUAUCGAUCUAUCCACACAAUACGCCAUACUGCUAGCGCACGGGACUCUUUCAAGUGAAAUAAAAGACCUAGCUCUCCCAGCCUCGCAUUUAGACCCCACCGUAACCUUCCAGCCUAACGGUUGUGGUUUCGCCAUGCGCUUUCUUACCCCCGUCGGCCAACCAAUGAUUAUCCAACUCCUUGCUCGCCUUCAACAACUGGAGCGUGUAAUUUCUACCCUCGAAACCUUAAAACAAAAGUCCCUGAAACCGCUAUCCGUUAAUCUUUCCAAAAUAAAGUUCGCAUAUGCUGCAGAUGAAGAUGCACGGGCCAGUAUCAAUUUUAACUAUCAUGAACAAACCUUAGCCUCCGAUAUCAAUUCCAUCACACUACUAUCGAAACAAACCCCCCUCAUGCUCUUGCGCAUGAGUAUUGAUUUCCACCCACAGAACCCUCACCGCCGCAUCAAAGAAUCAUUGACCGCUACACUUAACGGACUGCGACCCGCGGCCGGAUCCGGAACCGGGUUGGAAGCCGUCCUACAGUUACUCGUUGUCACGUUACCGGUACUCAAAGCUCUGGAUCGCAUGACUACUGAAUCACAUGUCGGUCACCCCGCAAACUCAGGACUUCAAAUCACCGCACGAAGCUCAAAGAUUUUCUACAUUCGCUACGCUUCCAUCCGCUACCGCUUCUGCGUCCAUGCGGGCCUUCGAAGAGAUCGAGUCGUGUGGAUCCUAAGGGAAAUGACCAUCGCGCCCGAAAAGGCCGGUCGACAGCCCCUGGAAAAUAAAUUGAAGGAGCACAUAUAUGGUGCUCGUGGAGAUGGGUGGCAGGGUUUGGGUAAUGGCGCCAUCGCUGAAUAUGAGAAGAUUGGAAAUCUCCUCUCCACGCUGCAUAGGGUCAUGGCAGAGUAUAUCUCUUCAGAAGCUGGGGGUGCCUCGGGCUCGAAUACUCUGGGAAGUAGGAAUGGGGCUUCAGGUGGCGGUCCUGGCCCUGCCCCUGAUGGAAGAAGUGGUAGCAGUGGCGGCAGCGGCUUGGGACCCGAGGUCCGGAAAGCACCUCAGCCUCAACUCUCUGGUAGAGGAGCCGCGGAUAGUAAAUCAAGGCUAAUUCCCGGCCAGGCAGGUAUGGGCGUUGAUAUGCAGGGAAGACCGGGAGGUUUGGGAGGGACCAACACCCCAAAACCAGCCAGUAACGGAAUGGCCAUGGGAACACAGACACAGAGCGAUACGAAGGCAGUGAAGCAGAAUACGAAGAUUCCGCAGAGUAAUAAGAGUACUCAUGCAACCGGAGCUAUGGCCAAUGGUAAUAAUGGAAACGGCAACGGCAACGGCAGUGGCAGUGGCAGUGGCGGUAGCAGGGACGUAGAUGUUAUCAUGAUCGACUAGCCAAUGGAAACGAAUUGCGUGGAUUUUCAGGGAGAAAUCUAUGGAGCUAUACCGCCAGGAAUUAGAAAUCAUGUCUCCAAGAUCUUUUUUAAGUGAUAUCUAACCUAAUUUAUUUUUCAUUUUAUCUAUUUUUCAAGCUCCAUUUUUUGGGUCUCCAGGGAGUCCUUGUAACUAACCUAACUGCCUAUGCACUAUGCUCAGAUAGAAUAUUGCUCUCACUGCACUCCCUUCCUAGGUUGAAAGAGCAAUAAUGGAUAAUGGCAUAUUGCGGACUUUUUUUGAAUCGUUGCAUCCUCAGGCAAUAUGGUACAACGCAUAUGACCAACUGGGUGACAUACGUUUAUAUUAUUUCUAUGGCGGUGUUUCAAAAUAGAAAGCUUAAACUAUCCCUGUAAACCUCCAACAAAACAAAUAACAAUGGACAUUACCGGGUAGAUGCAAGGGUGUACAUGUACUGUACAAGGCAGCAAAAAGAAGACAUGAGAUUAUCUAUGUAGUUAUUCUAUGCAAAAGCUUCGUAAACGCUUGCGCAUGCUGAAUAUAAGAACCUAAUAAAUGCACCCAAUUCCAGAACAGAUCCGACAGAGACUCAUUAAAAAAGUAAGAAACAACUACAUAGCACGCAAAGGACCUCUCAGAACCGCUCCUCUUUCACGCUCCCCUUCCGCUUCGCCACAUCAUACUCAAUCCAUCUCACUAGGCUCCUGCUCCCUUCUGGUAUAAGUCUACCCGGAUUCAUAACAUGGCAUCCUUCAUAGGUGACCGCAAAGGGAUCUGCGCUGGAGUCCGCUAGGAUCAUGGCGGUUGGUAAUGGGUAGAGGUGUAAGACAGGCGCGUAGUCCCAUAGAAUUGGCCGGAUGUGUUGGGGGAAGGGGGAGAGGUGGCUUUGGUCGAGGAUUGUUUUGACCAGUUUUCGAGACGCGUGGAGAUUUUCUUGGGUUGUUGUGGUUGGGUUUUGUGGGGGAAUUUCUUCUAUUUGCUGCUGUUGUUGCUGCUGUUGCUGCAGUUCUUCUCUUUCUUUUUCACCGUCUUGUUCUUCUGUGUGAGGUUCUUCAGUAUCUAAUUUCUCUACUUCCAUAUCAUUAUCCGUGGGGUGUAAAUCGUCUUGCACCUUUUGCGGUUUGAAAACGAUCGAGGUACGCCUUAGGCGCUCAGAGAUGUCAUCCCUGAACACGACAAGCUCAUGUACGGGUCCAAAAAGGCUGAGACGCGCGGGAUUGGAUGACCAGAUGGCCUGCCCUGGAGUAGAUUUUAUCAGGGAUUGCAUCUCGCGGCGCGGUCGUGGAUGAGCCGGCAGAGUAGGCAGAUGCCCA